AUGUCUACAGGGGGGAACGGGUCAGAAGUGGACCUCGCUUUCCCUUUGUCUCCUCCUCGCAUACCGGCAGCAAGCAGCGAGAGUCCCAAGUCCUCACCGGAUCUCGGUACCACUGUGGAGGAUGUUGAAGACAGCGUGGAGGUACCAGAAAGUUUGAGGAAGCCAGUCUACAAGCAACGACGAGGUGGACUGGGAUUGCACGUCAAGACUGGAGGCUCAUCAACCUCGCUCGCGAGCGGCACGACGCCGACAAGCGCAGGAAGUGGACUGACGACGACCGUGGCGUGGUCGCCCUCCAUGUCUCCUAGAUCAGUUGGGAGAGUGCAGAUGCCAGCGCCCGCGACCUGGGAAAGCAUCCCCGAAGGGGACCCAGCAGCUGUAAGAGAGGGGCGUGCAUCAAUGGCUGAGACCGAGUUUACAGACGUGUCUAAUGAAGCUGACGAGGAAGCGUGGAUUGAUCCCAGAGCCCAAGGAGCCAGGAUAUCCGCGAGGGGCUCAACAUCAGGAGAGCCUGCGCGAGGGAGCGCGCCACGUCCUACGAUUGUCUCGUACCGAAGCAGUGGCGCUUUCCCCACAGAGGAUGUUCAGCCAACAAGCCCCAUCCGGGGUGACAUUCCCUUUGGAAUGUAUGGCGACAAGAAUAGUCCGGUGAUCCACUGGCGUAUGGGCGAAGAUGGAAACAUUGAAGAAGAGGCCCAAGGGAAAGAGACUGAGUCGCCGUCCGGUCUGGGAGAUGCAGGGCAGUCUGGAUGGGAGUCACUGAAUGCCAUCACCAAUGGCAACCAGGAUGGUGGUAGUGGAGGGAUCGCCGGUUUCUCGAGAGCGUCUGGGCGAAGGAGAGGACCGCCAAGUGGAUUGACAAUGACAAAUCAAAGCACGCAAUGA